AUGGCCAUUCACUCUCUUCUUUUGCUGGCCCUCAGCUCCCUUGUGCUGGGCUCAGUUUCCGUCGUGGAUCCUAGCAACUACGCCGAUCUGACCGCGGAUGCCAAGGACAAUGCUAUCAUGGCGGACUACACCACUGAUAACGGUGGUCCCAUGUCUUUGAGUUAUAACAUCACCGGUCCCUACUACUACGUUGACACGGACGCGGAGCUGGACCACCAGACCUUGACGGUCAAUUCCAACGAUACGAGUGUGCUCGUUGCCACGCAGGGCGCUAAUGUCAAUCUGUCCCAUGUGGAGGUGAUCAAGGAGGGAUACUGCACCUGGCUCAACCAGGCGAGCUUUUUCGGCGUCAACGCGGCCAUCAACAUUGCCAACGGAUCCACUGCAUACAUCGAGGACAGCAACAUUACCGUGCACAAUGGUGCGGCCAACAUCUUUGUCUAUGGUACUGGGACAACCGUCCAUGUGAGCAACACGAAUCUCUACAGCUCCGGACCUGUUGCCCAUGGCCUCUACGCGGCAGGCAAUGGCACCAUCUACGCGUCGAAUGUGCGCCACUACUCUGGCGGAAAUCGCUGCUCCUCCUUUUCCGGUGACGGCCCGGCCGGCUAUCUCCAUGUUAGCGACUCGGUUGCUCACACGGCGGGUAUUGGCAGUGCCAUCUUCUACGCCCUCGGUGAGAUCUACGGUACCGACGUCGUUGGGUUGGCUGAGAAGGCGCCUACACUGUUCAGCGACGGGGCGCAGAAGGCGGUAUUCAAAAACGUCGAUCUGACUGCUGGUUUAUUGGCCGGAACCGUCAUGUUCUCCUCUUCGCAGAGGCAGAGCGGGGCCUCGAUAUCUUUUGAAAAUUCUCGACUCACGACUCUGAGGAAGGACAUGGCUGCCCUGUGGUUUGGUAACGUCAUUGCCACCGCUACUCUCGUUGCCACGGAGCUCGACCCAGCCUCGGGUAUCCUCGUCAUUGCCAAUUCCUCCCAGGUAACCCAGGCAUUCCAGUACUUUGCCGGAUCGGAGGAGAAUUCGUCCAUUCAGCCUGCUGAGGUUACUGUCUCUGUGGCGGAGUCUGCCCUCGAGGGUGACAUCGUCGCAUACAAUGGCAGCUCAAUCUCUUGGAGUCUCACGGACCACUCCAGUUGGACGGGAUCUGCCUACACUGCGGGCAAGGGCACCGCCACUUUUGCCGUGUCUCUUGAUGAGACCUCCACCUGGACUCUGACUCGGGAUGUCAGUGUGCAGAACUUUACUAAUGCCGACGCAAACAACAAGAACAUCCGUUCCAGGGGCUACAAUAUAUAUUACAAUCCGUCUGUGGCUUCCAACGCGUGGCUCAAGUCCAAGACCGUCAGCCUGCCUGGUGGUGGACACCUCAAGCCUCGCUUUCACUAG